CCGGCUCUCCCCCAAAUUUCCGAAUCUUCAGAGAGUCGCGUCGUCGCCAUCAUGCCGGAUCAUGGCACCGGCCAGAAGUUCACCACUGCCACCACGAUAGUAGCAGGCGUUGCGUCAGUGGUCGCAACGGUGUUAUCAGUAAUCUCGAUAUGGCUCCAGGCAAAGAACUAUCGCAAGCCGCUGCUGCAGCGCUACGUCGUCCGCAUCCUGCUCAUGGUGCCCAUCUACUCGAUCGCGUCGUGGACGAGCAUGGUGUCUCUGCGGGCUGCCGCCUUCGUGGACCCGAUCCGAGACAUCUAUGAGGCGUUUACGAUAUACACCUUCUUCCAGCUGCUCAUCAACUACCUGGGCGGCGAGCGUGCCGUCAUCAUCAUGACCCACGGCCGGGCCCCGGUGCAUCAUCUGUGGCCCAUGAACCAUUUUCUGCCCAAGGUGGACAUCUCGGAUCCGCAUACCUUCUUGGCCAUCAAGCGAGGGAUCCUUCAGUAUGCGUGGCUCAAGCCUAUCCUAGCUCUCGCGGCCAUCAUCAUGAAGGCUACAGGCACCUAUCAGGAGGGAUAUAUCGGAGCCAAGUCCGGCUACUUCUGGAGCGGCAUCAUCUACAACAUCAGUGUCACCAUCAGCCUGUACUCGCUCGGGCUGUUUUGGGUCUGCAUGCACCGCGACCUGAUACCGUUUCGGCCCGUCCCCAAGUUCUUGUGUAUCAAGCUCAUCAUCUUUGCCUCCUAUUGGCAGGGAUUUUUCCUAUCAAUCCUUGUCUGGCUCGGCGCCAUCCCCGACGAUGUUCAGGGCUACACUCGCGACAACCUCGCCGCGGCUAUACAAGACGCUCUCAUCUGCGUGGAGAUGCCUAUCUUCGCCGUAGCUCACUGGUAUGCCUUUUCCUGGCACGACUUUGCCGAUAAUCGCAUUCAGUCGGCUCGCAUGCCACUCAACUAUGCCAUCCGGGAUGCCUUUGGUAUCAAAGACCUCAUUGAAGAUUCCAAGGAGACGUUCAGGGGAGACAAAUACGGCUACCGGAUAUUCGACUCUGGCGACAGGAUCAUGGCCCACGAAGACUCCAGGUCAAGAUACGCUCGACUGCAGGAAGGCAUGCGGUACGAACGGGGUGGUAAGGGGAAGUACUGGAUUCCGAAGCCGGGAGAGGUGAACGCCACAUCUCCAUUGCUGGGCAAUGGUAAUGGAAAUGGAUCAUCCAGCUCCGCUCGAGUUGACCAGAUGAAUGAGAAUACCCACGGUACCUUUGAGGAGCCAGAGAUUGAUCCUGAUGAGGAACACAUAUACGCCAAGGCCCGGCAGCUGGAAUUCGGCGAUUGGAAUUACCCAGUCAUCACUGCGAGCGAGCCACUGAGGGAACGCUAUGCGUCCUGGGCAAGCAGAUCGGAGACCAGAAUCUUAUCCUCCCCAUCACACACCUCACAGCAGGGACGUAGUAGCAGCAAAGCAGCCAGCUCAACACAUCCAUCACACCAGCACGGCCAACAGUCUGAUUCUGACCAGUUACCCCCGGUGGUUGUCAUCAAGAAGAAGAAGAAGUCGAAGAAGGCUGCUGCACCACCUCCCGAACCAGCCCCGGCUGACUCGCCAUCGACAUCUGACCACGAAGCUCAAAGCAGCGCCAAAGCAGCAACAGCAGCAUCACAGGGCUACGACGGGUACCAAAGUCCCGCCGCGAAGGACAAUGACACGCCAUGGGCCUCUGCCGAACACGAAGAUGAACACCGCCAUAGCCCCAGUUACCAGGUUUCUGACUCUGACGAGUUCCGCAACGUCUGGGACGGCGAUAAAUAAAACUACAGUAGCAGUCGGUGUAAAUUUCCGGUUCGCCGUUUG